AUGAAUUAAAGUAAUAAGAUUAGUAUAGACGAAUCAUUUAGAAAAAUAAUCUGCAAGGAUGUUUAGGAAGCAACCUUAAAAGAAUUUUUAGAACAACUAAAUUAAUUAAAUUAUGAUGAAACUAGUACAUACUUAUCAGGAUUGGUGUAUUGAUUUGAUUUUAUUAAGUUAGCUAUCUGUUCACAAGAAAGAAUUGGCCUUAACUUGGUGAGUAUUUAUUGAAGAAGUGUGCAGAACAUAUAGCAUUUUAUGAGAUAGUAUUUUCAAAUUUCUCAUUACUAGAUCAAAUGGUCUUAUGAAGCAUAUACUUAUAAAGAGAGACAGACAACUGAAAAUAGAGUAGCUGUAUUUGAUUAAAAAAUUGAAGAAGCCAUGGUAAAUCAGAUUUCAGAAAAUUAAUUUCAAGAAAAAGAGAGCAGAUCAAAUUAUGUAAAUUCCAUCCAAAGAUUUGUGACUUGUUUGACUGUGUUAUCAUUACAUCUUAAGAAUGUUCCACUUAAUGAAAGAUAAUUAUAUUUAAGAAGAAAUCUUAUAAAAGGGAAUAGAGCUUUAGAAAGUUUUCGUCGCAAUAAUCCAGGAAUAAAAUAUUGCAAAGGAAUAAUUUUACCAUUUAAAGGUAGAUCAUAAAUGGUUGUUCGUAUAAUUGAUACAGAAGCAAUAUCAUUUAAUACUAAAAAAAGAGUACCAUACAAAUUAGUAGUUGAAACAGUUGAUAUGGAUGAAUAUGAAGAACGAGAACAUUAAGUUAUCACACUUUAAAAAUAAUUGUCAAUUGAUUCUUAGGCCUUUUUGGAAUUCGAUGUUAUGCAUCAGUUUGAUUAUACUGUAUUUGAAGAUUUUUUAUAGGAUAAAAAAGAUAAGGUAUUAAUGUAGGUUUUUUUAUUUAGUUAGCUAGGUAAUAAAUGAUCAAUUAAAAUAAAAAAAGAUUUGAUUAACAAUUUGCUCCUUUAAAAAAGGAAUAAAUAGUACACAGAAGAAGUUGCAUUGAUCAAAUAUAAUCUUAUACUAAUAAAUAAUUAUAUGAAAAAGAUUUUAAAGACAUGGUAAAACAAGAAGAAAAAUUAAAGCAUAGUGAUAAAGAAUUAGAUAAAAUAACAUUUCUUGAUUAAAUUGCUAAUGGUAUAAAAUAGAAUUAAUUUAAGAUUAUCCAAAUAAAAAAGCAAUAAUUGAAAAGAUAUAAAAAUAAUUAAAUGAUAAAAAGAAUAUUAUUUAAUAAUAAGAGACAUAAUAGAUAUAAUCAACUUAAAAUGAUUUAAAAAGUGGACCAUUUAGUGAGUAAUGGGAAGAUAAAAAGUAGAUAAUACAAUCUCAAUCACCUUAUGGAUAAUUCAAUUCAUAUUGUUUAAGAAGUUUAUUAAUAAAAGGAGGUGAUGAUUUAAGAUAAGAAUAAAUGAUGAUGCAAAUUAUAAAAGUAUCAGAAGAUGUAAUAAAUUUAUUUGAUUUUUUAGAUCUUAAGUUAAGUAGGUUUAUAUGUUAAGUCAUAUGAGAUAAUAAUAACUUCAGUUGAUUCAGGGAUUUUAGAAUUUUGUAAUGAUACUAUGUCUUUAGAUCAAUUAAAGAAAUCUAUGCCUUAGAUGACACUAAGAGAAAUCUUUAAUAGUAUUUUUGGUGAUAAUUUUGAAGAAGCUUAACUUAAUUUUAUAUUAAGUUUAACUUCUUAUAGUUUAUUAUAAUAUCUAUUUUAAAUAAAAGAUAGACAUAAUGGGAAUAUUUUGAUUGAUAAUUAAGGUCAUAUAAUUCAUAUUGAUUUUGGAUUUAUUUUAACAAUAGCUCCUGGAGGUAUAAAAUUUGAAUCAGCUCCAUUUAAAUUAACUAAAGAAUAUAUAGAAUUAUUGGAUGGAUUAGAUAGUGGGAUGUUUUAAUUAUUUAAAAGUAAAUUAUUAUUAGGAUAUUUGGAAUUAAGAAAAAAUAUUGAUAAGUUUGCUUUUAUUUUAGAAGCUAUGAAAAUAGAUAAUGAAUUACCAUGUUUAGAAAAGUUUGAUAUGAAAUGUUUUAAAGAUAGAUUCAAAAUAGACCUAAAUGAGCAAUAACUUGAGGAACAUAUUCACAAAAUAGUUGAUCAAAGUGCCAAUAAUAGAUAUACAAAAUACUAUGAUGAUUUUUAAAAAUUGACAAAUGGCAUAAUUCCUUGAUUAUUAUAU